AUGCAGGCAGGUACUUGGGGUUUUGAUGUGCUCGUCAAUAAUAUACUGAAUGAUCUCCUGCAUAUUGCCAGUCCCUUCUUCAUUGAGAUGUGGACUAAUUACCUUCUCAGAUCGUUCAUCGUGAUGGCAUUCCUUUACAUCGUCGCCGUGGUCAGAGAGAGCAGGACGGUGACCAUAAAGGUUCUUGCCAUCAGGAUUCGGAGGACGUGGAUGGGCCUGAUAGCCACGAGCCUCUACGUACACAUCCUCAGCAGCGGUUACCUAGGCGUCUGCAUGCUGCUGAUGUGUACUGUCGCUUCGAUUGGUGGUGUUUCCACUACGUCUCUUGCCUUGAUCGCGGCCAUGGCCAUCCUGGUAUUUCUUCUCUUCGUACACUUCAACAUGCUUUGGUCCCAAGGCGUUGUGGUCUCCGUGAUGGAGGGACGCUCCGGGUUAGAUGCUCUAGCGAGGGCAGCGGAGUAUGUCCGAGGCAUGAAGGGACUAGGGUUCCGAGUAAACAUUCUCUUACUCCUGCUUGCGGUCUUGGCCUAUAUGUUGAUCCCAGCUGUGACAACUCUUCUCCCAUUGCCCAAUCUGAUUAGUUUCAUCAUACGGUCGUUAGUCCCCCUGCUGGAGAUUGUGCUAAUCCAUGCUGUCAAUGUCGUGUUCUACUACGAGUGCCAGGAGAAUCAAGAAGCGGCCACAAAGCUGGAGAAAGCUUACACGAAGGCUUUACACGAGGAAUGAUUUGUCUAACCCUAAGUCUUGAGAGAUGUAUAAGCUUUGUGACUAUUCACGAGGUGGAUGUUUUCUGUCACCUGUAGAAGUCCAUAAUUCCGCCUUUGUGGUUGUUUUCUCAUUCGUCAAUAUCAAUAUGCCUUUUAUAUUUGGCGAAAAAACUUAUUACUCUUCAUGAACUUAAACGUGUAAGGUGGGAUCAUGGGACCAAUCAUGAGGAAUGAAAAGGCUAAGUGACCAAAAGAGCAAAUGACUUAGACGAGUAUAAGAUAUUGGAAUGAUGAAUUCAUGCUGUCAUGUUAGAUUAAUUCCUUACGACCUCAUCAUCCCAAAAGAGCAAAUGACCUUGAUCACACUAGCUCUAAGAGAAUUGUAACGAGAACCUUCCUCGAGCUUCCUGACCCUCAGACAGUAUAGCUCCCCUCUCCUUCCGGACCGCUUUCUUCUCUCUCUGCCUCUCUUGGUGUUUCUCUGUUCUCCUUUUCUCUAUGUCUCUCUUUGCCUAUGUGUAUCGGCAUCGAUCUUUACUGCCCUCUUGCCUAUCCCAGAGUCUUUCUCACUCUGUCCUUGCUCUGCCCUCAAUGUGUAUCGACAUUGAUCCAGUCGCCCUGGCUUGGAACAAUAUAGUACGUCCUUGUGGCUCGCUGCCGCCUGCCCCCAUUGUCACCGCCAUCACCAUCACUACUGCCUCCAUCCCUGCCUACGCUUGUUCUGCCUUCGCCGCCAUUUUCCACUCUCUCCUGUCUCUCCGGUUAGGGUUUAACCCUGUUUCACGAGCCCAGACCUUCCCGGCCCCAUCGCCCCAUUUCCUCUCGGUCGCCUAGCUUGAACCACUUUGUUCGCCAGUCCGAGCCAACCCGGGUCAACCGGCCUGCACCGGGUUGCCAUACCGGCUCGAACAAUGCCGGACAGACUGGACUGUCUGCUCUGCGCCGGUCCCUCGCAUUGGGUUUGAACCACCCCGUAAGACCUGCUUCGUGCCAAGUCACUGGGUCACUGGUCAACACUUUGCUCAACGGACAGUGGAUAACAAGUUGGUCAACGAAACUCAAGUCGCUCGAGAGAUCAUAGGAUAACUACCCGGCACGUUCAGUUGAGCAUAAUCCGUCAUAAAUGGCGGCACCCCGUGAUAAGGUUGUUCAAAACCUUAUCUGGAUUGACAUGGAUUGGUGUUGCUUCUCUGAUUAGGACACCUCGUUCAAUCCCUUCUUGCUCUUCGGUCAAGAAUCGUAUAGUUACCGGCCAGGUUUAG